AUGGAUGCGCCCGGGGAACUCAGCCUCCCCGAGCCGGGCAGCCAGGGCUCCGCGGCGGGCGACGACAUCGAGAUCGUGGUGAACGUGGGGGGCGUGCGGCAGGUGCUCUACGGAGACCUGCUCAGCCAGUACCCGGAGACGCGGCUGGCGGAGCUCAUCAACUGCCUGGCCGGGGGCUACGACACCAUCUUCUCCCUGUGCGACGACUACGACCCAGGCAAGCGCGAGUUCUACUUCGACCGCGACCCGGACGCGUUCAAGUGUGUCAUCGAGGUGUACUAUUUCGGAGAGGUGCACAUGAGGAAGGGCAUCUGCCCCAUCUGCUUCAAGAACGAGAUGGACUUCUGGAAGGUGGACCUCAAGUUCCUGGAUGACUGCUGCAAAAGCCACCUGAGCGAGAAGCGCGAGGAGCUGGAGGAGAUCGCGCGCCGGGUGCAGCUCAUCCUGGACGACCUGGGCGUGGACGCGGCCGAGGGCCGCUGGCGCCGCUGCCAGAAGUGCGUCUGGAAGUUUCUGGAGAAACCCGAGUCGUCGUGCCCGGCUCGGGUGGUGGCCGUACUGUCCUUCCUGCUCAUCCUCGUCUCCUCAGUGGUCAUGUGUAUGGGCACCAUCCCCGAGCUGCAGGUGCUGGACGCCGAGGGCAACCGCGUGGAGCACCCGACGCUGGAGAACGUGGAGACGGCGUGCAUCGGCUGGUUCACGCUGGAGUACCUGCUGCGCCUCUUCUCGUCGCCCAACAAGCUGCACUUCGCCCUGUCCUUCAUGAACAUCGUGGACGUUCUGGCCAUCCUCCCCUUCUAUGUGAGCCUCACCCUCACGCACCUGGGCGCCCGCAUGAUGGAGCUGACCAACGUGCAGCAGGCCGUGCAGGCCCUGCGGAUUAUGCGCAUAGCUCGCAUCUUCAAGCUGGCCCGGCACUCCUCGGGCCUGCAGACCCUCACCUAUGCCCUCAAACGCAGCUUCAAGGAACUGGGGCUGUUGCUUAUGUACCUGGCUGUAGGUAUCUUCGUCUUCUCUGCCCUGGGCUACACCAUGGAGCAAAGCCACCCCGAGACCCUGUUUAAGAGCAUCCCCCAGUCCUUCUGGUGGGCCAUCAUCACCAUGACCACGGUGGGCUAUGGAGAUAUCUACCCCAAGACCACACUGGGCAAACUGAACGCGGCCAUCAGCUUCCUGUGCGGUGUCAUUGCCAUCGCCCUGCCCAUCCACCCCAUCAUCAACAACUUUGUCAGGUACUACAACAAGCAGAGGGUCCUGGAGACGGCGGCCAAGCACGAGCUGGAACUGAUGGAGCUCAACUCCACCAGUGCAGCUGAGGGCAAGCCCGGGGGCUCCCGCAGUGACCUGGACACUCUGCCACCCGAGCCUGCAGUCCCGGAGGUACCGAGCUGGGGCAGCCGGCUGAAGCUCUCCCACAGUGACACCUUCAUCCCCCUGCUGACUGAGGAGAAGCACCACAGGACCCGGCUUCAGAGCUGCAAGUGAUGGGCAGGGUUGGGGGAGGGCACCCAGGCACAGACAGAGUGGGCAGUGGAUGGACUGACCAUGGGGCAGGCAUGUCAGGGGCAUGCCAUUGGCUGCAGAGGAUCGCCUGAGGCCCUCAACUCUCUCGUGGACAGACUCUGCCAAGGAUGGGUAAGGUUCCUUGGAUGCCACCUGUUCAGGAACAGAGGGAGAAGACUGCAGAAGCCAUGGGGCCAUGUGGGGCUAGUGGAACAGCCUGGAUGGUGGCCAGAGCCCAUGUCUGCUCCUGUGUUCCCUUCAACAAAACUCUCAGGCAGGCUGGUCACCCAAGGGUGGCUCCUGCACACCCGGUGCCAGGCCAGGAGAGAGGUGUGCAGCCCAGGGAGGGGUGGUGCUAGCAGCUAUUUUUAGUAGAGAACUAAUUAAAGAAGGGCUGCUAGGCAGGGUUCCAUGCCAAGGCACCUCGCCACAUUCCAGGAGGUUCUGUGCAGGCGACGACUUCUGCUUCCUUCUGGGGAAAAGCUGGCUUCCUGAGGCAUGGGGAAGGCAGAGAGGUUGUAGACCCCACGGGCUAAGAAACUAAGGUUUUAUGUUACCUAUGGAGUCAUCCUUUCUAUCAUUUCCACCUGUCUAGAUGGGUUUCCCCAUUUCACAGAUGAGGACACUGAGGUCCAGGGUCACACAGAAGAAGGAUUCAGCCCUGGGUCUAAUGAUCCCAAGCCCUUGUGUUCCUUUUGAUGUCAGGCAAUCUUGGUCCAGAGGCUUCUGCUGGGUUCAUAGCAUCUCCUCGGAGAGACCUGUGCUCCAACCUGUCUUUUCUUCUACCCUGAUGCCCCCCCGCCCCCACCCCCAGAGGCAUUUGCUGAAUGAUGACCUGACCAUGACCCAUCCCCCCAGAGGCCCACUGUUGGCUGAACUCCAGAGCAACGAUCAGACCAAGCUGUGUUUGAGCCCAGGGAAUGAAGAGGUGGGAGAUGCCCCGGAGCUUAACUGCUUUUCCCGGUGCUCCUGGCUCCCUGCUCUCCUACGACGGUGCCUCCCAAGGUCUGCUGAGCAGGCUCCCCUUCUUCUGAUUAUGUAUGAAGUGGGGAUAUAAAAUGAUGACCCACAGCACUUGACCCCCAGCACUGCUCUGUCAAAGGGUAUCCGUUUCUUUUCUGUUGUUUUGUUUCUUGGGUAGGAAGUGAGUUGCACAGUUGUCCUCUCUGGUUUCUACAGGGGACUGGACUGGGCAUGGAGGCAGGAGAAGGAGGGUCCUGUCACGGGGUUUGUUCUUAAUCGAAAGCUAGGAGUUGGGCCUGCCGAGCCAACCCUCUCUCUGGCUUUCCAGAGCUCUGCUCUGUCCUGUGCUGAGGGACCCGGUGCGAAAGGGAGAAAGCUUGUGGUUGGGUAGAGGUGUAGAUGGAGCGGGUAAGGUCAUUCUCUGUUGGAUUCCAGCCUUGGCCACUCUUUUCCCUUCCUGGGCCAAGAUUUUCCUGUAAGUGUGAGGAGAGACGAUAUCUGGGCCCCCUUCUAGGUCUGUCUAUCCAGAAUUGCCAAGGCUUGGGCUUGUGGCUAUUUAUGCUAGGGACUCUAAAAGGUGGGAUGUUGUCACUUGGAGGGAUCUUGACAGGUAGAAGUCUUGAGAGAGAGAGAGAGAGAGAGAGAGAGAGAGAG